CCCCUUUAGUCCAAAAAUAUGACGAUCGGUGAGUCUUGUCAACUCGAUAAAUUAAACUUCUCUAGCUUGUCACGUCUUAGUUCACUUUCUACUCUUGAAAACAAAAGGGAACACGACGGCAGUUGCCAGUUAUUUAAGCUCGAACGGAUCUCUUCUAUCCCUGUCUCAUCAGAAAAGGACAAGAGGGAAGAGCAAACCGAACCCAAAAUGGACUCAGAUCCUCUGAUCCACCGGCCAACCUCCGCCGUGGACCACCGCAGCCGUCCGAUCUCAAGAUCCUCCACCGGCGGCUGGACAUCCGCGCUCUUCAUCAUCGGGGUGGAGUUGGCGGAGAGAUCUUCGUACUAUGGGAUAUCGCUGAACCUGAUAACGUACCUCACUGGCGACCUCGGCGAGUCUACAGCGUCGGCGGCGGCGGGGGUUAACACUUGGUAUGGAGUUUCUCAGAUGAUGCCGCUGCUCGGAGCUUUUGUUGCAGAUUCCUAUUUUGGUCGGUACUGGACAAUAGCCGUUGCGUCAUUGUUCUACGUUUUGGGCCUUGGCUUGCUGACAUUAUCCGCAAUUUUGCCGAACCUCAACAAACAACUUCAGGUCAUACUAUUCUACUUCUCCCUAUAUCUCGUGGCAUUUGCUCAAGGUGGCCAUAAGCCUUGUGUUCAGGCAUUUGGUGCUGACCAGUUCGACGAGCGUGAUCCUCAGGAGCGUAUAUCGAGGAGUUCUUUCUUCAAUUGGUGGUAUUUUGGGAUGAAUGCGGGUAUGAUGGUCUCACUUUUGGUCUUAACUUAUGUUCAAGAUAACAUCAGUUGGGGCCUGGGGUUUGGAAUACCUUGCAUUCUGAUGGUGAUAGCUCUGGCAGUCUUCUUGAUGGGAACAAAAUCUUAUCGGUACUAUCUCUUGGAAGAUGAGAGUCCAUUUGUAAGAAUUGGCAGAACAUUCACCAUUCUUAUAAAAAGCAAUUUCAUAACAAAGGAAGGAGAAAGCCGACAUCUGCAUGGAGACGAUGAGUCCAACAGGCUCAAUGAACAUGGAGAUGAACUCAGCAUUAGACUAGCAGAGGAAGCGAGGGGCGUGCUCCGAUUAUUUCCAAUAUGGGCAACUUGCCUAGGUUAUGCAGUCGUUUUCGCACAAUCUCCAACUUUCUUUACCAAACAAGGAGCCACAAUGGACAGGAGAAUCGGUUCAACCUUCCAAGUCCCACCGGCGGCACUCCAGAGCCUCACUUGUGUUGCAAUCCUCGCCUUUAUCCCAAUCUAUGCUCGUAUCAUAGUACCAAUAUCCAGAAAUAUUUCCAAAAGACCAUCGGGUCUUACUCCUCUUCAGAGGAUAGGGACGGGACUUAUUGUUUCCAUAACAUUGAUGGUGGUAUCAGCUCUAGUCGAGAUUAGAAGACUCAAGACUGCCCAAGAAUUUGGGCUUAUUGAUCGACCAGACGUCAUGAUUCCAAUGAGUAUAUGGUGGUUGGUCCCUCAGUAUAUUCUCCUUGGCAUCUGUGAUGUGUUCACUAUGGUUGGUCUUCAAGAAUUUUUCUAUGAUCAGGUUCCUGAUGCACUGAAAAGCCUUGGGCUUGCUCUCUAUCUUAGCAUAUUUGGUAUUGGAAACUUUAUUAGUAGUUUCCUUGUGUCUGUUAUUGAUGGAGUAACUAAGAGUGCGGGUGAAAGUUGGUUCUCUAACAAUCUGAACCAUGCACAUCUUGACUACUACUACUGGCUCCUGGCUGGUCUCAGCGCGGUAGUGUUUGUGAUCUACAUGUAUUCUGCUCAGUCUUAUGUCUAUAAAAAGAUAGGCAGUGGUGCACUGUAAGAACAAUCUUUUCAUGUUGUGAGCUUUUGCUUGUACAAGUACUCGAAUAGAAUUGGACGCCUAUAAAUUGGACACCUAUAAAAUUGCGCCUGGAAUGAGGACCGGGAGGACAGCGUCCAAGGAAGAAAAUUUUAGCACAUGAUCGUACAGUGAGGGUAUUUUUUCUCCCUAUAGAUUGAAUACCUUUGCUAUAAGUACGCACCCUGAGCCGACUAUAUUCUUUUAUAUUCAGAAGAGGAAAAAUAAAGCCUGUAGAAAUGAGAUUAGGGCUGCAGGGAGGGGGGAUAGAGAGGCUGUAAUCAUUUAUGGUUAUUAGUAGAAUCAUGAUCUAGUUGUACUUUGAAGACGUAGACAAUCGCAUUGAUUGUUGAAUCUAGUAAAUUCUCCGCGUC